GCUGCAAUUUUUUUGUGAUCUUUUGUAUUAAAAGUUUGUGCUAAAAUGAGUGUUCAAAAUAAAUUAAGGAAGAAAAAGCGACGAUAUUCCCUAGUUUUGUAGUUUCCUUAAAGGAAUCACUAAAAAGUGUACAGUAACAUAGCUUUAAUUAAUCCCGUUCACGUUAUUUUUGUACAGUGUUUUUGAUUUUGUGUUCCACUUUAAAAGUAACUGUACCGUAGGAAUAACAAUUAUGAACCUCUGUUAUUCGAGAUUAUUUCAUAUUCAGAUGCGAGAGUGAGUCUACACUCAAGAAAGUGAUUCAUCGGGGUGACAUUCUUUUGUAAAAAGUGUUCGAUCCCGAGCCGCGAUUCCGGUAAAUGUCAAAAUAAUGCCAUGUAUGCUCCCGAUCAUCUCAAAAGAAAGGAAGCCAGAGAUGCUAUGUAUCGCAGCAACUCGAGCCUCGAUUUGAUAUACGGGGAACACCCUUCGGCGACGGGGCUCCGACGGGAGUAUGGGAGCCACGGGUCCAUCGACGUGAUAGCGGGCGGCGAGCGACUUCCCGCCAUGGUGCACAACGGCCUCGCCACCCCCGACAAGCCGAGCGGCCUGACCCGCAUCACCGACCGCUUCGCCGAGGUGCUGGCAGGCGACCACGCCGACGGGCCCACCCCGCGUGCCAGCGUCAGCCCCAAGCCCCGCCUGAAACUGAACAAGCUGUGGGGCGGCGCCUCCCCAGUCACGCCUCGCGGUGACAGUGAAUCUUUGAUCACCAACUUGCCUGACACUAACAAAAGAAAAAAUUUUGCACACUACGAUUGCCAAUCUUUGCUAGCUAAUUUGAGCUAUGCCGCUGAGGUGCGUGGUGCGCUGUUGAGUAGACGACGCAACACUACCACGGGUGCCUCUGCUGCAUCUCUGUUGGCUACUCGAGGUCUACCUCCCGGCGAAGAUGCCGUACCUGACACCGGUGACGGUAGAUCUAAUGAACUUGUUGAGAGCUGUCCCUUCUUCAGAAAUGAGCUAGGAGGCGAGGAAGAGCGCUGCGUGUCGCUGUGUUACCGCACUGCAAAGGGAGCUCUCACUGGGCAGGAUGGCGGUUGGCACCGACCCAGAGCAGCGUAUGGGUUCUCGGUGCUCGAGUUCCCCCCAGGGAAGACGCAUUGGCAAAACGGAUGUCCUUUCACCAAGUCAGCGAACCCACUGCCGAUCGAAAGCCAAGACCUUGGCGCUUUAUAUUAUAGAAACUACUUUUACAAACAGCGACAUCAGAACUGGUUGGGAAUGGACGAGAACCUCGGGCCGGUGGCGGUGUCGAUCAAGAAGGACCGCGUGGAGCUGCGGCGGGGCGGCGGAGGGGGCGGGGGCGUGGCCUCGCAGCUGGCGUGGCAGUACCGCCUCAUCGUGCGCACGGCCGAGCUAGUCGCGCUGCGCGGUGCCGUGCUCGAGGACGCCGUUCCCGCCGCCAAGCCCAGCCACUCCUCAGACUCGCUCAGCACCAAGGAGGUGGUCGAGCACGUGGCGCCCGAGCUGCAGCUCGCCUGCCUGCGCCUCGCCGCGCCCGCCGCCGACGAGCAGCUGCUGCGGCUGGACGAGCAGCGCCUCACGCGCCAGUACAAGGUCGGCGUCAUGUACUGCCGCGCCGGCCAGAGCACCGAAGAGGAGAUGUACAACAACCGCGAGGCGGGGCCCGCGUUCGUCGAGUUCCUGCAGACGCUCGGGCGCACGGUGCGCCUGCGCGACUUCGACAAGUACCGCGCCGGCCUCGACAACCGCACCGACUCCACCGGCCUGUACUCGGUGUACGCGGCGCACCGCGGCUGCGAGAUCAUGUUCCACGUGUCCACCAUGCUGCCGUACACGCCGGACCGCCAGCAGCUGCUGCGCAAGCGGCACGUGGGCAACGACAUCGUGACCAUCGUGUUCCAGGAGCCGGGCGCCGCCGCCUUCUCGCCGCGGCGCGUGCGCUCGCAGUUCCAGCACGUGUUCGUGGUGGUUCGCGCCGUGGAGCCGUGCACGCCGCGCGCACGGUACCGUGUCGCCGUGGCCCGCGCGCGCGAGGUGCCGCUCUUCGGCCCGCCCCUCGACGCCGGCGCCACCUACGCUAAGGGCGAGGCCUUCACCGACCUGCUGCUCAGCAAGAUAAUAAACGCGGAGAACGCGGCGAUCCAGUCGCCGAAGUUCAGCACGAUGGCGACGCGCACGCGGCAGGAGUACCUCAAGGACCUCGCCCGCAACUACGUCACCGCCACGCCCCUCGACGCGCAACAGAAGUUCUACAAGACACCUUCGAUAUUCUCGUCCCUGCUGGCGAGCCGCGGCAACACGACCGCCAGCACGCCGGCCGCGCGCGCCGACGACUGCUCCACCGACGUGCUCGUCAGCGGCGCGCUCUGCUAUCAGGUGCAAGUGCAGGACGAGGGCUCCGGCAGCACGCUGGAGUGCGCGCUGGGCGUGUCCGCCGACACGAUCGUGCUGCUGGAGGAGGCGUCGCGACAGAUCGUGCUAGUGCUGCCCACCUCCUCGCUGCUCGGCUGGGUGAGCAGCGGCGGGUGGACGCGCAUCUACUACCACGUGGGCGAGAGCGUGCGCGUGCGCGGCGCCGCGGACCUGCCGCGCCGCCUCGCCGCCGUCGCGCCGCCGCACGCGCGAGAGCUGCAGGAGAUCACGCUCGCUCGUGGUGCCGCUAACGAGCUCGGUUUUCACGUGUCGGCGGAGGGCGUGGUGGCGGGUGUGUCGCGGGGCGGGGCGGCGGCGCGCGCGGGCGUGCGGCGCGGCGCACGGCUGCUGGAGGUGUGCCGCGCGGCAGUACACGCGCUGCCGCACGACCACCUCGUCGACCUGCUCAAGACCGCCGACCCCGUCACCGUGCUGUUGGCCGCGCCCGCGCCCUGCGACUGCGCGCGCGCGCCGCCUGCCCAGCAGCAGCCGCGCCGCCGCCCGCCGUCGCCGCACCGCUCCGACAGUGAGGGCUACGGCACGGGCGGGUCGGGGCGCAGCGCGGCGUCGCCGGCGGGCGCAGGUGGCGCGGUGGACGUGCGUCGGCGCUCGCACGACGACUCGCCGCGCCGCCGCCCGCGCUCCGCCAACGCCUCUUCGCUCACAGAAGAGCUGAUGCGCAUGAUGGACGCGGAGCUGGGCGAGCUGCGGGCGGGGAGUGGCACCCCCGGCCGAGAGGGGGGGAGCGCGGGAGGUGCGCCGCUGCCGCUGCCCGACGCCGCCGCGCUCGACUGGGCCGCGCUCGUGCACACCGCCACGCGUGCCAUGCUGCAGAUAUGUGAGGAGCACCAGUACCCGUCGCUGGACGCGUCCGACCCGGCGCUGGACUCUGUCACCGACGUCACGCAGGACUCCUGGGUGGACGUGCCGCUGCGAGACGAACCCCAAUCGCAGUCGGGCACGCCGGCGAGCCUGCAGGAGUCCACGACCACGGUGACGGGGGAGGUGACGUCACCGAGCGCGGGGGCGGCACCGGGGGAGGCGUGCGCGUGCGGGCUGGCCGAGCGCGUCGCGGCGCUCGAGGCGGACGCCGCCAGCGCGCACACGCAGCAGCGACAGUUGGAGGACGAGGUGCGGCGGCUGAAGCGGCAGAACUUGCGGCUACGCGAGGAGUCGGCGCGCGCCGUGUGGCAGCUGCGACACUUCACGCAGUGGCUCAAGCGGACCGUCGACCGACACUAGCCGCCCGCGCCGCCACGCCGGGAUUAGGCGAUGAGUGAUGACUGAUGACGCGAUAGCCGCCACCGUCGAUCGCCGCCGAUAGCCGCCGCCGUUAUCGCGCUAAGCCCGCAAUCUUGACGCAUCUGUUGUAUUAUAAUGUUAUGUCCAAAGAAUGAAUUAGCGUAUUACGACAAUUGUUACAAGCUGUAUCUUAUGAAUUUAGUGCCUUUCGGUAGUGUAUGUUGUUUUGUGCGGCGCCCGCGCUGCGCCGGUUGUUGCGGCUUCUGUAUAUUAUGAUAAUUGAUAUGUUAUUGUUUGGAGCCGCCGGCCGGUAUGGUCUAGGUUUAACCUCGGUUGUGUGACAACUGUUACAUGCAAAAAUAUUGCUUUAAACGUCUUUACGUACUAAACAUCGUAAAGGCGAAUGUCUGUGUUACUACAGAAAUUUUAUUUUUUACUUAAAUAUGCCUACACGUGCACGCAAAGUACGUACAGCGUAUACUAAAUAUUAAACAUACCCGGCCCGGCGGCAGACUUACUGUUGUAAGCGUAGUACAUUUGUUAAGCUUCUAUUUAUUAACGUAACGUAACUAGAGUAAGGCUGUAACGUAAACACCAACUAGGUAAGAUACGUCGUAGAGUUGUAACUUGUAGACGUCGUCAGUACAUAAUAACUAAUAUAGCUCUCGACUUGACUGCCCUCACACUUGUGACGGGCCUGGCUUAUACCAGUUCUAGAUGUAAUAGUUAAUACUAUGUAUAAUGUGAUACAGGUGCUCUGAGGGGUGGUCCUCUAUACUGAAAUUUUAUAAGCUUAAUACAGUUUUAACUGAUCCUACAUUUAGACUAUACACCGUGGAAUUUAAGCGUCUGCGUCAGAUCAACAGGUCAUUAUAGUAAGAUGGAUUAUAAUACAUCGUAAACGAUAAUUAGUAUUAAUAUAAUUUAUUAUAGGUAAUUAUACUUUGGAUGUGUUGAUAAAAUUAUUAAAAUUUCAUAUUAUAAAUAAAUA